AUGAUAGAGAUAAAGACACUCAGGCUCAUUUUCAUCAGCUUUUCAUUGCUUCACGGUUUUGUUGCAGCAUUGAACUGCACCAGCCCAGGUCCUGAAUCCUUGUUUGAUGCACUUGAGAGAGAACUAUUUCCUAGAAAACUACUGCGACCUGUAAAACGCUUUUCAGAUACAUUGAAUGUAUCCAUCACUAUCACUGUGGUGGGAAUUUUAGAAUUGAAUGAAAAAACCCAGGCCUUGACAAUGUUCAUUUUGCAAGUCCUGGAGUGGGAUAUAGAGGGACUGAGCUGGGAUGAGGAGGAAUGUGGAACUACUAGAGUCUCUGUCCCUCGAGAAAAGCUUUGGAUACCAGACGUCCAAAUCCGAGAGUUCGUGCACGAGGACGAAUCUCCCCAAACUUCCUCUGUCUACUUAUACAACACAGGUCAUGUAUAUGAUGAUAAACCCAUCAGAGUGGUCGCCACCUGCAAAUUUGUAAUCUACACUUUCCCCUUUGAUAUCCAAAACUGCUCGCUGACCUUUAAACCAUAUCUGCACGUUGCUGCAGACGUAAGGAUGAUUCAGAGCACCACAGCUGCAGAGAUCCUGGAGGAGUCCAGACAAGUGAUGCAGAUCAAAGGGGAGUGGGAGCUUGUAGAUAUCAAAUCAGCUCCAAUUAACCUGAAGAUGACCAAUGGAAGCAACACUGGGGUCAAAUACCAUAUCAUUUUAAGACGUAGGCCACUCCUCUAUGUGGUGAACCUCCUGAUCCCCAGCUGCUUCCUCAUCACAGUGGACCUCUUCAGCUUCCUGCUGCCUCCCCACAGUGUGGACCGGUCCUCCUUUAAGAUGACCCUCAUCCUGGGCUACACCGUUUUCCUGCUCAUCAUGAAUGACUUGCUGCCUGUCACUGGAAAUGCAACACCUCUCAUGAAUGUCUUCUUCUCAGUCAGUCUUGCUCUGAUGGUGGCCAGCCUGUUGGAGACAGUGUUAAUCACUAAUAUCCAGUUCAGCUCCAGCCAGUACAGUGCAGCACCUAGAUGGCUCAGUGUCCUUGUGCUACGAUAUCUAGCUGUUAUCGUUUGUCUCCCUCCAAUAAAGAAGAGCAACCGCGUUACAGUCUCUCUUCACCCACCUGCUGGAGCAAUGAGUCCCAUCAUCAUCUCUUCAAGAGAUCUUCCGAGCGUCUCUGGUGAUACACCUCCAGCGAACACCCCUCCGGUGCCAGCCCUGGAUCAACUGAGGAAGCUGAGCAAAGAUCUCAUGGCCAUCCGCCUCCAGAUAGAAAAACACUUCCAGGGGAACAAUGCCUCGCAGGAAUGGCAAAUGAUUGGGGCAGUCAUUGACCGUUUCCUGUUCGGCUUGUACCUUGUCUUUAUUUUGGCCUGCUUUGUCACCAUUGUAUGUAUCUGGAUCUGGAGUCAAGCACACGUAGGUUGA